AUAAGGGUAUAAUAGACUGAUUCGAACUAAUGGCGGUUUUUAAAGAUAGAAAACGCCGCUUAAUUCAGACAAUCCAAAAAACAUGAUGAAUUAAUCAACAAACUUUGUUAUCUUCUUCUCCAAUCCUCAAAGAUUCAAGGUUCCUAUUUAAGCCCAUCCCACAAGAAACUAUCGUUGUAUUUUAUCUGUCUGUCUUCAACCUGAUGUUCUGUUUGUUAGGUAUGAACCUGAAACAAUAUCUAUAAUCUUGUUGUAAUUUUUCUUCAAUUUUUUCUAGUCUAAUUUAGGGUUUCUUGUCGAAGCUUAUUGAAUACGUGAAAGGAUUUGAGGGUUUAUAUACGAUGUCUACUUUUUCAGCGGUAACAUUAGAUAGAUUUUUAGAAUCAGGAGCUGCAAAAUCAAAAUUGAAAUCACAGGUUUCACCAUCUCUGUAUAAAACCCCAGAAACCACUUCGUCAUUACCUGAAUCACCAUUUUCUUUACUUCCUUCGCCGUAUGUUGUUAACCAUAAACGUCGAGGAGUAAAUUUACAAAAAAGUCAUUCUCAAAGUGAGGUGUUAGAGCGAGCAGUAGAGGACAAGAUUGAAGAUAGGAGGUCUGGUUUGCUGCAGGCUACACAUUCUCUUGGAGAUGUUUCUGUAUUGGAAAUUACUAAUAAGCUUACAGAUAUAUCCGAGAAAGUUGAUGAGAUUGGUGGGAAAACCAGUAAUCUGAAUGAUGAAUCGGGUGAAGAAAAUGAUGUUAGUGGUGAAAGAAAGAGUAGCUGGAAUGAUGUAAAUAGGGAAAAUUGUAAUGAAUUGGACAAGGAAAUUGUAAGUGAUGAUUUCUUUGAUCCUCAAGAAUCAAUGAGUUAUACCAGUAAUACUGAAGCUGAAGAGAAUGCUUGGGGUGAGCGUUCUUUUAAGAUGUCUACAACGACGGCCGAAUACUAUGAUGCUUGUGAAGAACUUUCUAGUGCGGGUAGCCUACAGUCUUCCAUGCGUGAUUUAGAUUCUGAGGUGCGUGAAAUCAGAGUGAAUUUGUUGAUGGAGAUAGAGAGGCGAAAGCCAGCGGAGGAUGCUUUCAAUAGCAUGGAAAGGCAGUGGGAAAGCCUCAGAGAAAAGCUAUCUGCUUUAGGUGUAAUUCUUCCGUCUGCGUCAGCUAUUGUAGUGGAAGAUGGAGGGCCAAAAAGUGAUAUUGCUGAAGACGUGUGUCACCAAGUUUCUGUUGCAAGGUUUGUGGCUGAUGCCGUUGGUAGGGGGGUUGCCAAGGCAGAAGUCGAGAAGGAGAUGGAGUCUUUGGUCGAGUCAAAGAACUUUGAGAUUGCUCGGUUGAUAGACCGACUACAUUACUAUGAAACGAUGAACUCUGAGAUGUCUAACAGGAACCAAGAAGCUAUGGAGAUGGCGCGUCAUGACAGACAAAGAAGGAAAAGAAGGCAAAGGUGGAUUUGGAGUUCAAUUGGUGUCACCAUUGCACUUGGCUCUGCAGCGCUGGCAUGGUCUUAUUAUCAGCCGACUUCAAAAGGAGUGUUGCCAAGCAGUUCUUCACAGAGUACUGAGAUUCCCAAAGCAACAAAGUUGUGAAUCGCUUUGUUUUAUGUAGAAGCCUAUAUAAACAGGCAUAGGGUUUGUCUCUAGGAUACAAUCUUUUAUCAAUCAUAUUAUUUAUCAAUCUUGUUAUUCGUUUAACACGAAUUCUCUUUUAUC